UAAAAUCUACGUCAUAAUGUAUGGAAUAUCUAGAUGUGGCUAUGUAUAUCAUGGAAAAAACUAGAAGAUAUAAAGCUACAUAAAGCUCUGUGCACAAUAAAGAAAGAUUAGGAAUAGAAAAAAUAGAAAGAAGCCUUUAGUAUCAGUUCGGAUUCGGACUUCGAAUAGUUUGAACGUUCAUCAACUUUCACCUGUCAUCUGUCACCUGUCAACUCUGAAUUUUUGUAACAAAACAUGAGUUUUACAACAGAGGUGACAAAUGACGAUAAAAAUUAUGAUACAACAAGUUUUUAUAUCGGUUUAGGACUAGCGAUUAGUUCAAGUGGAUUUAUAGGUGCCAGUUUUAUCAUUAAAAAAAUAGCCUUGAUCCGGCUUCAGAGGUACGGUGGAAUACGUGCAUCCUCUGGUGGUUUUGGCUAUUUAAAAGAAUGGAUAUGGUGGGCUGGUUUUUUAUCAAUGGGAAUAGGAGAAGCGGCAAAUUUUAUUGCAUAUGCAUUUGCAUCUGCGUCACUUGUAACACCAUUGGGUGCGUUGAGUGUUCUAGUAUCAGCAGUAUUAGCUUCCAAAUAUCUUAAUGAAAAGUUAAAUCUAUUGGGAAAGAUUGGUUGUUUAUUAUGUAUCCUAGGUUCUACCAUAAUAGUAUUGCAUUCCCAAGAGGAAAAAGUUAGCAGUUUAAGUGAAUUAAUUGUCAAAAUAAGACAACCAGCUUACAUAUCAUACGUUUUAAUUGUAAUAAUGUUUACUCUGUUGAUUGUAUUUUAUUUCGGUCCAGCGUACGGUAAACAAAAUAUUUUAGUAUAUAUAUGUUUGUGCUCCUCUGUGGGCUCCUUAACUGUUAUGAACUGUAAAGGCUUAGGCUUGGCUCUGAAGGAAACCAUCUCUGGUAAAGAGAAUGCGUUUGCCGUUUGGCUGACCUGGGUCUUCAUAUUUAGUAUUAUUCUUUGCAUCACAGUACAAAUGAAUUAUUUAAACAAAUCACUUGAUUUGUUCGACACAUCUGUUGUAACACCAAUUUAUUAUGUCUUCUUCACGACAUUAGUAAUAAUAGCAUCCGCGAUUUUAUUCAGAGAAUGGGAGAAAAUGAGCAUAGAAAAUACUUUGGGUGCCUCUUGUGGCUUUCUUAUAGUUAUAAUUGCUAUAUUCUUAUUGAACGCUUUUAAAGACAUAGACAUAUAUUAUGGAAAUAUUAAGCUCAUGUUGAAACCCAAAGGGAAAUACUCAAAUUAUCACUCAAGAUGGGACAAUCAAGAAAGAGUCACAACUAGAUUGGAGUCUCAACAUUUAUUAAAUCAUACUUACGUUAAUUCAGAUCUCACUAGAACUGUUUAAAAUUAUUUUUAUAAAAAUAUAACACUACGCAAAUUAUACGUUUUUAACAUCUUGUAUAAAUGUUGUAAUAUUAUUGUAUAUAAUUGUAAAGAAAAAUUCUUUAUUUUAU